AUGGCAGGGGCUUACAUAGGGAAGGGAAAAAAUUAUCCCGGUAAACUUACCGGGAGAGUAAUCACAACUUGUAUCGUUGCUGCAUUCGGAGGCUUAAUUUUUGGUUAUGAUCUCGGCAUCUCCGGUGGAGUUACCUCCAUGGAUCCAUUUCUGAAGAAAUUCUUCCCUGAAGUCUAUGAAAAGGAGCACAACAUAAAGCCUUCUGAUAACCAAUACUGCAAAUUCGACAGCCAGAUACUAACCCUCUUCACUUCCUCUCUGUACCUGGCCGCUCUUGUGGCCUCUAUUGGAGCCUCCGCCAUAACUCGCCUCUUCGGAAGGCGUCUCACCAUGAUUUCUGGCGGUGUGCUUUUUCUCAUCGGCGCAGCCUUCAAUUUCUUCGCUCAAGAUGUCUGGAUGCUCAUCAUUGGCCGCGUAUUUCUUGGUUUUGGAAUCGGAUGCGCAAAUCAGUCAGUUCCAAUCUAUGUGUCCGAGGUUGCUCCCUACAAGUACAGAGGAGCUCUUAACAUGAUGUUCCAACUGGCAAUCACCAUAGGAAUCUUUGUGGCGAACCUCCUCAACUACUUUUUCGCCAAAAUGAAGAAUGGCGAAGGCUGGCGCUACAGUUUGGGUUUAGCGGCGGUCCCUGCAAUAAUGAUAAUCAUCGGAGCAAUCUUCCUUCCAGACUCCCCAAAUUCACUGAUCGAGCGCGGUCAAGACGCGAAGGCCAAGGAAGAACUGAUCAAGAUUCGCGGAACCCCUGACGUUGAUGAUGAGUUUGAGGAUCUGGUGGCGGCUAGUGAGGCCUCCAAAGGCGUGAAACACCCUUGGAGGUCUUUGUUGGAGAGGAAGUACAGGCCUCAGUUAACAAUGGCCAUAGCCAUUCCCUUCUUUCAACAACUCACUGGGAUGAAUGUGAUCACGUUCUAUGCUCCUGUUUUGUUUAAAACUAUUGGUUUUGGAGCCACUGCUUCCCUCAUGUCUGCCUUGAUCACCGGAGGAUGUAACGCGGUCGCCACUCUUGUUUCAAUUGGGACGGUUGAUAAGUUUGGAAGACGCACUCUCUUCUUAGAAGGAGGUGCUCAAAUGUUUAUUUGUCAGAUUGUGAUAACCAUAGCAAUUGCAGUGAAGUUUGGAGUGAGUGGCAACCCUGGUGACCUCCCCCAAUGGUAUGCUGUACUUGUUGUGGUAGGUAUAUGCGUCUAUGUUGCUGGGUUUGCAUGGUCAUGGGGUCCAUUAGGGUGGCUUGUACCUAGUGAGAUUUUCCCACUUGAAGUGCGUUCUGCUGCUCAGAGUAUUAAUGUCUCUGUUAACAUGAUCUUCACCUUUGCCAUUGCUCAAAUUUUCACUGCCAUGCUUUGUCACAUGAAAUUUGGACUGUUCAUCUUCUUUGCGGUCUUUGUUGUUGUGAUGAGCGUGUUCAUCUAUAAGUUCCUGCCGGAGACCAAGGGAGUUCCUAUUGAAGAAAUGGCGGUGGUGUGGGAGAAUCAUCCUUAUUGGAAGAAGUUCGUGAAAUCUGAUGAUCAGAAACCAGAUCCUGAAAGUUAGAUUAGUUAGUUUUUUUAAGUUUGUUUUUAUGCUAGUAACAACUGUAUAGGUUGAAACUAUUUAUCUUUUUUCUGUUUUGCUUAGUUUGUUGCUUUUUUUGGUACAGCUUAGUUU